GAUGAUGACGAGGAUGAUGAAAAGAAGAAAAACUGAAAGUAAGUCGCAGUAUAACUUCUGUGGCAUCUGCAUGGACAAAAAGACGGCCUCUGAGUUGUUCGAUAACACCGGCAUUUGCCGUCAUAUCUUUUGCUCAGACUGCAUCAGUCAGCACGUAGCGGUUAAAAUCAAGGAGAACGUAACCAAGGUUAAGUGCCCUGACCCCAAAUGCAAAGGGGUGAUAGGGCCUGAAGCAUGCAGAUCCAUUGUUCCAAAGGAAGUGUUGGAAAGAUGGGAGAGCAUUCUGUGUGAGUCUCUCAUCAAGGAGUCUCAGAAGUUCUACUGCCCAUUUAAGGACUGUUCUGCAAUGCUGGUGGAUGACGGUGGGGUCGUUGUCACACAAUCAGAAUGCCCAAAUUGCAACCGCCUCUUUUGCGCCCAGUGUAAGGUUGCAUGGCAUUGUGGGAUCAGUUGCGUUGAGUUUCAGGGAUCGAAGAAGGGAAAGAGAAAUCGAGAUCAUGAUAAACUGUUAAUAGAUCUUGCAAAGAAGAAAAAAUGGAUCAAGUGCUCAAAAUGCAUGCUUUUUGUGGAAAAAGUUGGUGGUUGUGACUACAUAUAUUGCAGGUGUGGGAAUGGUUUUUGUUACCUGUGUGGACAGUCUUGUGAUCAUGUUGCAACUCAUAGGUGUGAGGUUGUGUCUAAAUGAACUCUUUUCCCUUUAUGAACAUACCCUAUUAUGUGAGGGAAAUAUAUUUAUUAGUGGUGGGUCAGGUUUGUGGUUUGUGAGUCAGGCGAGCUAU